AUGGAGGAACAGAGAAAACGAGUAGAAGAUCAUAUGACGAAAAUGGUCGAAGAAAUUGACAAGAUGUAUUUACGGAAAAUGCAGAGCGAUAUGCAUAAAUGCGCUGCACAAUGUUGUGAAAAUGAAUCAUAUAGCAUACAAAAAGUACAUACCUGUGUGGAGAAUUGUAGUUCCUCUUUGAAUAAAGCGCAACAAUAUGUUCAAGGAGAGUUCGAACGAGUACAGAAUCGCUUACAAAGGUGCAUAAUGGAAUGUAAUGAUAAUAUAAAAGACAAAAUGGGCCCGAACCCGACUCAAACUGAAGUGGAUAGGUAUAGCGAAGAAUUUGAAAAAUGUGCCACCAAGUGUGUAGACUCUUAUUGCGAGUUACUACCGAUUUUGGAAAAAACUAUGAAGAAAGUUCUUAGUAAAAAUGAAUUCUCGUAACAUUUUUUUUAUUUGGGAAAUAAAUGUUAACUGCCUUUCAUUUUUAACAUCUUUAAUAUUAAAAAUAUGUUCUAUAUUUUCAGUAGUAUGCUUUCAGGCGAAAUUUAUUUACAGGUACAAAGUACGUGU